CUGCCGCCGCUCUCCAAGGAUUCCUCUCGCCACUUAAGUCCUCAACAUGGACCCAAAGGGCCCGGGGGCCACCUUCAAGAGGUCCUCCCUCAAACGCAGCACGUCCGGCUCUCAGAAGGCGCAGAGAGCUUGGAUUGAAAGGACUUUUCUUAAAAGAGAAUGUAUUCAUAUAUUUCCCAGCAAGGAUCCAACCAGAUGUGCCUGUGGUCAGCUGACAACGCAGCACGUGGCCAUCCCUCCCGGUGCCAACUCGCUAGAAGAAGCACAUCAGCUGGUGCAGAUUGACACCCCGAAAGACAAAUGGAGCGUGAUCAAACACACCAGGACGUAUCCAACAGAUUCCUUUGGGAUCAUCGAGUUCCAGGGAGGAGGAUUCAUCAACAAGGCCAUGUACAUCCGGGUAUCGUACGACACCAAACCCGACAACCUCUUACAUUUGAUGGUGAAGGACUGGCAGCUGGAGCUUCCCACCUUGCUCAUAUCGGUUCACGGAGGUCUGCAAAACUUCGACCUCCAGCCCAAACUGAAGCAGGUGUUCGGUAAAGGCCUGAUCAAAGCCGCCGUCACCACCGGAGCUUGGAUCUUCACGGGCGGAGUCAACACCGGUGUGAUCCGUCACGUAGGAGAUGCCUUAAAGGACCAUUCCUCCAAAUCACGAGGAAAGGUUUGUGCAAUAGGAAUUGCACCGUGGGGCAUCUUGGAAAAUAAGGAGGAUCUAAUCGGAAAAGAUGUGACCAGACCUUAUCAAACCAUGGCGAAUCCCCUCAGCAAGCUGGCCGUGCUCAACAACAGCCACUCCCACUUCAUCCUCACCGACAACGGCACGUGUGGGAAGUACGGCUCUGAGGUCAAACUCCGCCGGCUGCUGGAGAAGCACAUCUCCUUGCAGAAGAUCAACACUCGUUUGGGUCAGGGCGUCCCACUGGUGUGUCUGAUAGUGGAGGGAGGUCCAAACGUGAUCUCCAUCGCCCUGGAGAGCCUGCGGGACGAGCCCCCCAUCCCCGUGGUGGUGUGCGACGGCAGCGGCCGUGCGUCCGACAUCAUUUCCUUUGCACACAAGUUCUCUGAGGACGGAGGGCUCGUCAAUGAUGAUGUUAGGGACCAACUUUUGGUAACUAUUCAGAAGACGUUCAAUUAUAGCAAAAGCCAGUCGCAGCAGAUCCUCCUCAUGGUGAUGGAGUGCAUGAAGAAACGGGAGCUGAUCACAGUUUUUCGGAUGGGUUCAGAGGGACAGCAGGAUAUUGAAAUGGCCAUCCUCACUGCCUUGCUUAAAGGCACAAAUGCCUCUGCAGCGGACCAGCUGAGCUUGGCUCUGGCCUGGAACAGAGUCGAUAUCGCUCGCAAUCACAUCUUUGUUUAUGGACACAAUUUACCACCUGCCGGUGCCAUCGCCAACACUACAACCCAUGCAGCUCCAUCGCAGGAGAAACAGAAGAGUCCUGCCAGUGCUCCUCGCAACAAAACUGGACGAGGCAAAAAGGGGAAGGGAAAAGGAAAAGCAAAACCUGAGCCUCCCGAGGAGACAGAUCCCAGGAAACUGGAGCUGAUUCGCUGGGUGAACUCUCUGGAGCAGGCUAUGAUGGAUGCUCUGGUACUGGACAGAGUGGACUUUGUUAAACUGCUCCUGGAGAAUGGAGUCAACAUCCACCACUUCCUCACCAUUCCCAGGCUGGAGGAGCUGUACAACACGAAACUUGGCCCGGCAAACACACUGCAUGCUGUAGUGAGGGACGUCAAAAAGGGAAACCUUCCUCCAGACUAUCAGAUCACUUUGAUUGACAUCGGUCUGGUGCUGGAGUACCUCAUGGGUGGAGCUUACAGGAGCAAUUACACCAGGAAGGCUUUUCGAAACCUCUACAAUAAUUUGUAUGGACUAAAACGGCCAAAAGCACUGAAGCUUCUAGGAAUGGAGGACGACGAGCCGAGGACUAAGGGGAAGAAAAAGGCAAAAAAGAAGAAAGAGGAAGAGGUGGAGAUCGACGUGGAUGACCCUGAGGUGUGUCGGUUCAAGUAUCCCUUCCACGAGCUGAUGCUGUGGGCGGUGCUGAUGAAACGCCAGAAGAUGUCGUUGUUCCUCUGGCAGCGCGGCGAGGAGGCCAUGGCCAAGGCUUUGGUGGCGUGCAAACUGUAUAAGGCCAUGGCUCACGAGUGCUCCGAGAGCGAACUGGUGGACGACAUCUCCCAGGAUCUGGAGAACAACUCCAAAAUUUGGUCAGUUGGCCUAUGAGCUGUUAGACCAGUCCUACAAACACGACGAGCAGGUGGCCAUGAAACUCUUAACGUACGAGCUGAUUAACUGGAGUA